AUGACAAAAACUUAUUGCGAAUAGUGCGACGAUUCUGAGAAUAUUGAUUACAACAGCAAUUAAGGAAAAUAUAACUGUAGACAUGGAAAAGAUUGGUACUAAGAGCAAGAGGAUUAGAGGAAAAAAAAGAUAGCUGAGAAUGGAUGCAGAAGUAUCAAGAAAAUUAGAGAAAGGACGAAAAAUAAUAAGUAGAAAGAUAAAAUAAGAAUUCAGCUAAUCCGAGAUUAACAUAGAACCCAAAAGGAAGGAUAAAAUAGUGAUAUAGAAGCAAUCAAAAAUAAAAUAAUAUCUCAGGCAAGGGACAAAGUAAGAGAAUAUUUGCUCAAACUCUUCUAAUGGGCACCUGAAAAUAUUAAUGUUGACAUCUUGCCUUAUGCUGCUCUUUUAAGUAUUGCUAAUACAAGUGUAGGAGGUGAGAUUGCAGCAAUAUUGAUUGCCAAUCCCUAAGUUCUUGCAGGAGCAGUUUUAAUUACAGGUAUUCUUGCUGGGUUGGGUUUUUUCUUAAAUUAAUUUUCAAUGAAUACUACCUCCGAAGUAGAAGGAGAGCGAAUGAGUUCUUUAUAAACUUGA